AUGGAGUUUAAGUCCAUCAGCUUCACAGAGAAGCAGGUGGAGGCCUACCUUUCCGUGCGCCGGCGUUUGCGGGACCAGAUCUCCCAGUUGUUUGGCGUGCCUGUGGAGGGUUUGAGGCACGACAUGACCUUUUUCUCCCAUAUCAACGGCAGCAAGAAGGCGCAGACGGUGCACGACGAGUAUUGGCACAGCCACGUUGACACGGAGCAGUAUGGGACCUUUGCCUACACGACCCUGCUCUAUUUGAAUACUGCCAACAAGGACGACUUUCAAGGCGGGCAGUUCCUUUUCGAGGGCACCGGCGGCGCCGAUGCCGUGGUGGAACCGCGGUAUGGGCGCCUUGUGGCCUUCAGCAGCGAUGCUGAGAACCCCCACAAGGUGCUGCCAGUGUCCAGCGGAGUACGCAUGGCGCUGACUUCGGCCUUCACUUGCAGCCAGAAAGAGAUAGAGGCGUUUCCAAAGCCUGGAUGA